AUGGAACCCAAGACACAGCUGCAUAAAGACUUGGAAGGGACUCUAGUUGACGCCACGGAGUACAGGCGCAUCAUUGGUUGUCUGAGAUAUUUGCUACACACACGGCCUUACCUAUCGUAUUCUGUCAGAAUGGCGAGCAGAUACAUGGAGAGGCCUACAAUCAUGCAUCACAAGGUAGUCAAACAGAUUCUUAGGUAUUUGAAAGGUAUAAUUCACUUUGGAUUUGUUUACAUGAAGGAACCUCAGGAAAUUGGUAUAUUCGGCUACUCGGAUAGUGAUCUAGCCGACGAUCUAGAUGGGAGGAAAAGCAAAAGUGGAAUGACUUUCUAUUUUAAUGAAAGUUUGGUGUCUUGGAAUUCACAGAAGCAGAAGACAGUGGCGCUUUCAUCUUGUGAGGCAGAGUUCAUGGCAGCCAAACUGCAGUCUGUCAUGCUUUGUGGUUAA